GGAAAAUAAAUUAUCGUAAUUGCUCCAAUAGAAGUGUUGAAUCACCACCAAUUGCCCCUUAUAGGUAGGCGUUUGUUUACCUACCCUUUCGACCUGUAGACGGUUUUCGCGGGGUCCCGCUGUAGCAAAUUUAUUAUCUCAUUUCUCAGUGGGGACAAACGACCAACUUCAGCUUACACAAACAUUCAUAUCACCCACCUUGAGAGGCAACUCGUCAGCCCCUGGUUUCAUCUAUCUGAUGCACUACUGCAUCCGCCACUUUAACAUCCUGCCAAUACUUUUACAAUACUCACAGCGACAGUUCAUCGUUCGUCCCACUUGCGGAUCUUUUCUUGUUCGAGGAUAUUCCGCGAUGGUGACUCCGUCUUCACAUACUCCAACUCCGGCGCCCUGGCGGCACGCCUUCUUGGAACAUAUUCAAACUGUGCCGUCGCCGGAGUUCACAUUGGCUACGGUCCGGAAGAGUGUUUCGCCGGCUGGCGUUACGACAUAUGCCCCUCGAACACGGACUUGUGCGUUUCGCGGCUUCUUCGCGGGACUCCCGGUGAAUCCUAAGAAUGAUGCGGAGUUAAACCCGGAUGUGUAUGACAGCGACUUGCUGGCUUUCACGACGGACCGGCGUAUGGAGAAGCUAAUUGAGCUAUUCGGUAUUGAAGCCGGUAAGGAAAAGGAGAAUGAGGACCGGCUUAAGGGAUCAGGGGGCGGGGCACCGGUUGAAGCUGUCUUCUGGAUUAAGGAGAAGAGCACCCAGUGGCGCUUUAGGGGUACGGUGUACGUCCUGGCACCGGAUAUUGAGACUUCGGAGGCUGGGGAGGAGGUUAGGUCUACACUUUUAUCGCAUAUAAGGCGGAAGAAUAGUAGUGGUGGUAGUGAGGGCAAGGAAUGGAGUUUUGCACGAGAAAUUACGGCGCAUUUUGGGAAUAAUAGCCCGGUUAUGCGCGGCUCGUUUCGGAAUCCACCGCCUAGUGUGCCGGUCGCGCUGCCGGUGGAUGAUGAGAGGUUGAAGCUGGGGCAGAAGGUGACGGAUUUGAAUGAUGAAGUAGCGAGGUCGAAUUACAGGGUCGUAGUCAUUGUACCGGAGGAGCUGGAUCGUGUGGAUUUGAGUAACCAGGAACGCGCGAGGAGGUGGGUGUAUACGUAUGCUGGGGAGGAGCAGCAGCCGCAGAAACCCGGAGGAGUAAUAGAAGAUGGAUGGGAGAAGGUUGAGGUGUGGCCGUAGAUGAGAUGAGAAAUGAAUGAUCAAUACAACUCUUACGAGUAUAAAAUUUCGAGAUAUCAUGAUAAAACCUAUAUAAAAC